AAGUACCAAAAGAUGAAAGAAAUAAUAUAGGAUUUGAGAACCAUAAUAGAAUUGAAAACAAUUUAGGCCACCCAAUGAAAUUCCACAUUAGAGAAAGAGAGAGAAUGAUUGUGGCCACCCACCUCAGAAUUGAUUAUUACAAGAAAAAAAGCACUUAAUUAGUUUUCUUCUCUAAACACCAUUAGAAUCCAUUUUGUUAGUAUCACAACAUAGCUCUCUCACAAGGCUUCAAUGGCUUCUCCAGCAAUAAUGGAGAGAAGAGAUUCAAUGACAUCCUUAUCUUUUCCUCCUCCUCCUCCUCCUCCUUAUUCUAUCUCUCUUCCUCUUCCUCCCUUACGAAGAUAUGACGUUUUCCUCAGCCACAGAGCUAAGGACACUGGAUGUAGUUUCACUUCCAACCUCCACGAAGCUCUAACAAGUCAAGGAAUUGUAGUUUUCAUAGACAAGGAAGACGGAGGGAAACCGUUAACGGAGAAGAUGAAAGCGGUGGAUGAAUCGAGGUCUUCGAUCGUGGUUUUUACCAAGAAUUAUGGGAGUUUGGUUUGCAUGAAGGAAAUAAGGAAGAUUAGAAUGUGUCAGAAGUUAAGGGAUCAAUUGGUCCUUCCAGUAUUUUACAAAAUAGAUCCAGGCGAUGUGAGGAAGCAAGAGGGGAGCUUUGAGAAGUACUUUAAUGAACAUGAAGUCAAUCCUAAUAUUAGUAUUGAAGAAGUUAAAAAAUGGAGAAAAUCUAUGAACAAAGUUGGCAAUCUCUCCGGAUGGCAUGUCCAAGAUUCCCAGUUAAGUAAUUAUUCAACUUUCACUUUUUUCUUUAAUUUUUUAAGCUUUUGUGAGAUUAGUUGAGGUGUAUGAAGAUGGAAUAUUUCUAGAGAAAUUAAACAGGUUUA